CUAGGGCACGACCCACACAGCGGCUAAGCGAGCCCGACCCUUUUGCGACACCAAAAGAAGGUAACGAAUACUUUGACAGCCAUUCGAACAUCCCUCCAGCCAGCAAACAACCGCCAAAAUGGGUCGCGUCAGGACUAAGACCGUCAAGCGGUCCGCCAAGGUUAUGAUCGAGCGUUACUACCCCAAGCUCACGCUCGACUUCGAGACCAACAAGCGUCUCUGCGAUGAGAUCGCCAUCAUUGCCUCCAAGCGUCUCCGCAACAAGAUCGCUGGUUACACCACCCACCUUAUGAAGCGUAUCCAGCGUGGCCCCGUCCGCGGUAUCUCCUUCAAGCUCCAGGAGGAGGAGCGUGAGCGCAAGGACCAGUACGUCCCUGAGGUCUCCGCUCUCGAUGUCUCCCAGACCGAGUCCGGCCAGCUCGACGUCGACGCCGACACCAAGGACCUGCUCAAGAGCUUGGGAUUCGACAACCUCAAGGUCAACGUCGUCAACGUCACCCAGGCUCAGCAGCCUGAGCGCCGUCGCUUCCGCUCUUAAAUUAAUUACGACUACGACGUGCAACAAAAAAGUUCUUCCGUUCUCCGUUCGACUUCGACCUUUGGCGUGUUCUGGCGGUUUAGAUAGCGUUCGAAGGAUGAGGAAUGAAAAUAUGAUUCCCGAUUACCAAGGUGUCGCUGAUUCUCCUCUGGGGAUGAUGCUUGAUUGCCAAU